AUGAAACUUUGGACCAAAGCAAUUCUCUCUUUGGCGCUCUUCUCGCCUCUAAUAUACGCUGAGGCAUCGUGGCCAAAACCAACGAGCGGAAGCUUCAAUAUUGAAGACUUCUCCUUCGACUCUGGCGAGAUUAUUGAAUCCCUCAACAUCAGCUAUCAGACCCUCGGCGAGCUCAAAGUUAACCCCAAUGGAUCCAACAACGCUGUCCUUCUCCUCCACGGAACUACAGGUUCCAGUGCUCAGUUUCUCGUGGAAGAGUUCGCUGGUGCCCUCUUCAACCCGGGCCAGCCUCUGGAUGCUACUGAGUACUUCAUCAUCAUGCGCGAUGCCAUCGGCCACGGAAACUCAAGCAAGCCCAGCAUCACUGGUCUCCGUGCUUCUUUCCCUAAGUACCAGUAUUCUGAUAUGAUUCGCGCUGAUCAUCUCCUCUUGACUGAGCACUUCAAACUUAACCGGACUCGUCUGACGCUUGGUGUUUCGAUGGGCGGUAUGCAUACUUGGAUGAUGGGCAGUGAAUACCCCGGUUUCUCGGACGCUUUAAUGCCCGUUGCCUGUUCUCCUGUCGAGAUUGCUGGACAUAAUCGCUUGUUUCGAAAGUUUAUCACUGAGCUCAUCACAAUUGAUCCAGCUUGGAAAGGCGGUGAUUAUGAGAAACAGCCUGCUGCCGGCCUUGGUGGUGCACUUAUGAUUCAGCUUGUACUUCUUUCAUCUCCUUCAUACUGGCAGCGAGUAUUUCCAACUCGUGAAGCCGUGGAUAAGUACGUUGAUGAGCACAUUAUUCCUCGGCUUGAGGAAUACGAUGCCAAUGAUCAACUCUAUGCAUGGAACGCAUCGCAGUCGUACAAUCCCAAAGCCGGUCUUAAGAACAUCAGAGUUCCUUUGACUGCCGUCAAUACUGCCGAUGACUUGCUGAACCCAGUCGAACUCGGAUUCUUGGAGGACGGUGUCACGAACGACAUGACGCCUGGAUAUGGUCGAGCAGUUACUAUUCCUGCGAGCAAUGAGACCACUGGACACGAUAGCUACAUCAUGGCUGGUCUUUGGAAAGAUGAGCUUGAGAAACUCCUAGCUCGAUCGGGCGCCAACUAUAUUCAGCCCCAAAACCCAACCACGAACUGCGACAUGUCUGACCCAAAGCAAGGCGGAGAUCUCUUCGAGAUGGCCAAGGACGGCACAUCCAUCCCUGGCGACGCUGGCAAGCAAAACACAAUCAGCUCAGUCCCCAACCCUCAUCAACGCGACGGUGAGGCCGCGGGCGGUCUUGGCUCAAGCGACUUGGCUGGCGCGGCAGAUAACGCCGUGCUUUCAGCUUCUGAGGGCAGGGAGUCUGGCGUCGGCGAGGGAAUUAGCGCAACUGGUCAUGAUAUUCCUCAGUCGGUCACAGGAAAGCCUGGUGGUCGGGGAGGUACCCAGGGCAAAGAGGAGAUUAGAAGGGACACGGGAGCUUUUGCGAAUAAGGAGAAUUAG